AUGUCACAGUUUGGGAUCGAGGAUCUGAAGACUCUUCCCAACCAAACUGGGUGUUGGGAUGGUGUUCGGAACUACCAGGCCUGUAAAGAGGGGCAGCAUGCGUUCUUCUACCACAGCAACUGCAAGGAGCCUGGAAUAUCUGGAGUUAUGAAGGUGAGCCUCUACCUCUUCCUAUUUCUGUUGGUAAUAUACACUCUGUGUUUCAGGUAUGGUGCCUCUUACCUGCUUUCUCUUUUCCAGAUUGUAAAGGAGUCUUAUGUGGACCACACGGUUUGAAAGAUGUCCAUUACUACACCUCCAGCAAGGCAGACAACCCCAAAUGGAGUAUGGUAUGAACGGUUUCAUGUUUACAUUUGUUUGUGUUCCAAAUGGCUUGAGAUCAAGAUACAUCACUGAUAUGUAACAGUCUUUUUAUCACAAUCCAAUUUAGACCGUACUAGUGCUCUGCUGGCUUGUUUCAUGUUUGACUGCCAGGUUGAUGUCCAGUUUGAGAGGAUGUUGAAGGACUUCAUUCCUCUGUCUGACUUGAAGACCCACCUGCAGCACAAGGCGGGCCCCUGA